AUGCCCAGAGACAGAGUCGCACAACCGGCUUUGAGUGACGCGCUUGUGAUGCCUCGCGACAAGAUGGACGAACCAGUGGAGCACAACCGGUUGUCAUACCAGGAGAGCAUGGAACUCCUCUGGCUUGAUGAGGACGCGAAGGGUGGCAAACAAACAAUGAUGAGUCGCCAGCCAGCCUGGUACCCUGGCAAGGAUGCUCCUUGGGAAUCAAUGAGAGGGAGCUCCGACGAGAAGAAGUUCUUUGGUCGUGGGGCGUUCGGAGGGCAUGUGUAUGCCCAAGCACCACUAGCAGCUGCCAGGGUCGUGGAAAAAGCUGACGUUCAAACACCAGCAAAAGAUAGAUUGGGCAUUCACUCUAUCCACGGGGUCUUCACCAAUCCAGGCUUCAUAGAUCGCCCAUUCAUCUAUGAAGUCGCCAAAGUAUUCUCUAGUCGCUCAUUCUCAACGCACACGAUCAAUGCGAGACAGCCUAAGGAGCCCUCAGGCAUCCCUAACGGACCCUUCCCACCGUCGGAUGCUCAACUCCCACUGGGAGAUGUCUGCUUCACCUGCGUCACUACGUUCAAGCGACCCCUUACUGGUCCGUCAGAUGUUCAAGACGAAACACCUCCGCAAAAACGUUUCGCAAGGAUCUUAGAGUCUCGAGCACCGGACGAAUGGGAAGCCAGCCCCCAGGCUGACAUUGAUCUGCUACGCGAGACUUUCCCCGUCAAAGGCCAUGCCAGCUUUCCGAUUCUUGACAUGUACAAAGUUGAUAUGACGGAAUUCAACAAGGACAAAGCUCUUUCUGAUCGUCGGCAGCUUAUCUUAUACCGUCUCUACAAGCCCUUGCCAGCAGAGGAUGUCAACGCACAUAUCACUUGUCAUGCCUUUGAAGCUGAUCGUAAUGGAUUCAUCAUGCUGGGGAAUCACCUUGGAUAUGGCUAUAACAUGGGCCCAGUUGCAAGUUUGAGUUACUCAUUCUACGUCCAUGUGAACGCAGAGGAGGCGGUUAUGCGAGGGGACGGAUGGUGGAUUCAAGAGGUAUAUUGGCCUCGGGUUAAUGCUGGGAGAGGGAUGAUGGAGAGCAGGAUUUGGAGUCCAGAAGGAUUACAUGUGGCGAGCGGUUAUCAAGAUGGGAUAUGUCUGCCGGCUAGAAGCACCGAGAAAGCUAGAAUCUGA